CCUUUUCCUAUCUCUCUCCACAGCCCCAAAAAUUCUCUUUCCCCAUUCUCUUUCUUCCCAUCUCCACCAGUUCGCCGCCGGCACCCUUUUUGCCGCAGCCGCAGCCGCCGGGUGGCCCAACCACACGUCGGUGCCAUUAUAUGUGUCUCUUUAUCGCAACUGCACUGCCACGCCGCCCCUCAUUUACCUCCGCCACAUGAUUCGCUGCAUUCUUCUGCCGGCCCAACUCUCAAUCUUCCUCAAUCUUCUGCAACUUUCUGUCGUCCGCCAUUAAUCACUUUCUUCAGCCUUCCAGUUGGUUUCCCCAUUUUCUCGUAGGAGUUUUCUCGACCCUCCGUUCUCCUUUCCUGGUCCGGCACAUGUCCUCUUUCAGAAUUGCACAAAUUCACCUAGUGAGUUCUCAUCGUGAGGUUUAUGAACCGUGUGAUGAUUCGUUUGCUUUAGUUGAUGCACUUUUAGCUGACCGAGUGAAAUUGUUAAAUCAUCAUCCAACAUUGUGCUUGGAAGUUGGCUGUGGUAGUGGCUAUGUUAUAACAUCUCUUGCUCUUAUUCUGGGAAAGGAAGCUUCUGGAACCCAUUAUAUUGCUACAGAUAUCAAUCCGCAUGCAAUCAGAGUCACCCAGGAGACUCUAGAAGCACAUGGGGUUCAUGCAGAGUUGGUAUCCACUGACAUUGCAUCUGGUUUGGAGCAGCGACUGGCUGGAUCAGUUGAUGUGUUGGUUGUGAAUCCACCCUACGUUCCAACGCCAGAGGAUGAAGUGGGUCGGGAUGGAAUUGCCUCUGCUUGGGCGGGAGGGGAAAAUGGCCGAAGUGUCAUCGAUAGGAUAUUGCCAGUUGCAGAUGUUCUUUUGUCUGAAAAGGGCUGGCUGUACAUGGUUACUCUUACAGCGAAUAAUCCCUCUCAGAUAUGCCUUCAAAUGAGAGAAAAGGGCUAUGCUAGUAGAAUCAUUGUGCAGAGAUCAACUGAAGAAGAGAGUCUUCAUGUGAUAAAGUUUUGGAAGGAUGCUGAUCUUCAAGUUGAUGGAAAAGAUUCAACACAUAAAACAGGCCCUGGAAGGGUUGUGGAGUCUCUAAUUUCACAACUUCCUCGUCUCUCUUUUUGGAGAAACAACAGCAACACUAACAGAUGAAUGAGUUAUCAGAGACGUGAGACUCAUCUGCUCAUCCUCCAUUGUUACAAACAACAAGUCUAACCUUCCAACUUUGUGCAUUCCACAUGUGCAUAGUGUUCGUUUAUGAAGCACAGAUAUAUAUACGAUUAUACGAUACAGAUACGAUCGGAUA